AGAUCCUGUGUGGCAGGGAGAUCCCCCGCUGGGUCAACCGCCUGGCCUACUUCAGCUCCUGCGUGCCGUUCCUUCAGAGCUGCCUGCCCAAAGAGUGGCUAACGCCAGCUGCCUUACAGUCCAGCGUGAGCCAGGAGCUUCAUGGUGGAGGCGGGGAGCUGGAGGAGGCAGAGGAUGCUGUGGCCACAGCCUCCCUGGCCUCCAUGUCACCCUGCUCACCUUCAUCGUCCUCCAGCCCUUCUUCCUCUUUGCCUCGACAUAAUCACCCCCAACCACGCCGGUAGAGGCAGUUAGUGCUGCUGGGAAACCUGGGACGUUGCUUCUUGUUCAAAAGACGGUUAUUUACCAGAGAACCUGCAGCAGCUGAUGAGUUCAGCUGCAGCCAAAAGUCCUGCCUGACUGUGGAGUCGGGCACUGAAGGAGUGGGAACGUCAGCCAAAUCUCUGCAACGGUUCAGAGCUGUCAAAAGAGUUGUUCCUUGCAAAAGAAGAGCUCUUAAUUCUUAAACCAACACACACAAAAAUAACUGUUCCUGUUUAUUUUUUCCUACCGAUGUUGGUUCACAUCUCGUUAAAGGUAAAAAACACAAGUCUGGAUGGGUUUAAAGCAUGUGAUCUGACUGGGCAGAUGUAAUACAAGCAUAUUUUA